AUGGUGGUUUCAUCUAAUGAACCAAUUCUUCCAAAUUCUUCAAACUUAUUUAGAACAUGCAAAUCUACCUCUGGUAAUAAUAAUAGUAAUAGUGUUAUUCCAGUGAUUGACAUGUUAGAUCCUAAUGCUAAAUUCCUUAUAACAAAAGCAUGUGAAGAAUUCGGAUUCUUUAAGAUCAUCAAUCACGGUGUUCCUGAUGAAACGAUAAUUAAAUUAGAAAGUGAUGCAGUAAAGUUGUUUGAUUUACCACAGUGUGACAAGGACAAAGCCGGUCCUGCUUCCCCUUACGGUUAUGGUAACAAGAGAAUUGGCUCACAUGGCGAUGUCGGUUGGGUUGAAUAUCUUCUAUUGCCGCUAAACGAUGGACUCGUCUCGGAUAAAUCCGUCACCAUUCCUCAAACUCCUCAUCUUUUCUGGUAUGGUCUGAAUAAAUACGUGACAUCCGUUAGAAAUAUAGCAUGUGUUGUACUAGAAAAGAUAGCAGAUGGCUUGAAUAUUGAGCCAAAAAAUGUGCUCAGUAGGAUGCUAAAGAAUGAAAAGAGUGACUCUUGUUUUAGGAUAAACCAUUAUCCACCAUGCACAGAAAUUGAAGCAUAUUUGAAAGGUGGUAGAAAUUUUAUUGGUUUUGGUGAGCAUACAGAUCCACAAGUAAUAUCAAUUAUAAGGUCUAAUAAUACAACUGGACUCCAAAUAUCACUUAAAGAUGGUACAUGGGUCUCAGUUCCACCUGAUGAGCACUCAUUUUUCAUCAUUGUUGGAGAUUCUCUGCAGGUACUGACUAAUGGAAGGUUUAAGAGUGUAAAACAUAGAGUCUUGGCAAACAGUGUAAAGUCAAGAUUGUCAAUGAUUUAUUUUGGUGGGCCUCCUUUGAAUGAAAAAAUACUGCCUUUAUCAUCUUUAAUGGAAGAAGGAGAAGAAAGUUUGUACAAGGAAUUUACAUGGCAAGAAUACAAGAAAUCUACCUACAUGACAAAGUUGAGUGCUGAUAGGCUAGGACUCUAUAAAAAGAAUAUUAAAGUACCAUAUGAUAAAAAAUUGCCAAUUUUAGAAAAAAUCAUACUGUAGAAUUUUA